AUGGCAGUAGUGCGCAGGGCGUUCGAGUUGCGGCUCCAUAUAUCGCUGAAAUUCAUAACAGCCAACGUGAUAGACCAAAGUAACGGCCAAAUAGUGGCGCAAGUCUCGACCAUCGAGCACGCUCUUAAACAAGCGUUCGAGCUUGGGCGCACCACUAAGAAUCCUCAGGCUGCUGCUGUUGUAGGUGAAGUCCUUUCAAGACGGCUCAAAUUGGAGGCCCUUAAUCAUCAUGGUUUGGAACAUGGGGUUCACACUAACGUCUUCAAACAGGUCCAUAAAAAGGGGGUUCAGGAUUGUGGUGCUAAUGCUAAAAUUGUUUGGUCUGUUAUUAAUUCGCUUAGGGAGAAUGGGAUUCGGAUUAUUGUACAUGAUGCUGAUUUUGAUGAUUCUACUAGUAUAUCAUAA